CAACUAUGGACGAUCACUGUGCCCUGGAAUUACAUCGAUCCAAGAGCUACAUUGUCAAUCUCAUCGACAGAGCGCUCAGCAAGGAGUUGGGGACUGUACCCGGGGAAAGGAGUCGAAGAAAGUUUGAGGAUAUGAACACGAAGAAAGCCAUAGAUGCAGUGAAUCGACACUCAGGUCAGUCCAAUAAGGAACUAUCUGUGAAAAUAACGAGUGCCUUGACCGAUUCUCUUAUUUCCAAUGCCACCGCACCCGAAGAGGAUCUUGAGCCCUCGAGUUCGAAUAAAGUGUGUUGUUGUAAUUCAGAAGAACCUACGUACAUAAAGCAACUGAAGCAGUUGAGAUGGGGCCAUCUGAAGCAUAUACAGCGAGAGGUUAGGAGAUUGGAGGAUCUAGAAAGAUUUUUGGAUUCUUGUUCUAUAACCACUAUACCAGAACUCUAAAAUACCCUUAAUAAAAGUCCGAUUGAAUCAAA